CGGCUUCAUGACGUCACGCCAUUGCAUCCCCGUUCAUUUCCGUUUAGGUGUGCGGUCCGCAUGCUUUUAUUUUGACACGAGCCAAAAAGGACAAACAUGAACUACUUCCGGAGGGUUGGAGCAAACGGACGAAUCAGCAGCAAUCACGCAGCGGUCCGGGAGGCGUGUACAGUCCUGGCUGUCAAACUACUGGCUCCACCGGACCACUGUCCGCCUGUCUUCGGCGCCGAGACAUGCUUCUCUCGCGGGUGGACGAGGUGAGAGACAGCGGCGUCCAUAAAAAAAGGGUAAUCCAUCAUGAUUCCCAUCACAGAGCUCCGGUACGUUGCCGACAUUCAGCCGGGGUACCGUAUUCUGAAGCCGUGGUGGGAUGUUUUCAGUGACUACCUCACCCUCGUCAUGCUGAUGAUCGCAGUGUUCGGCGGCACGCUGCAGAUCACGCAGGACAAAAUGAUCUGCCUGCCCUGCAAGAGGGCCGUCAACGACACCUGCGAGGCCAGGCCCACCCCGAACACGUUAGAGCCCAAAGGCGUCCAGAACGAGCUGGACCGCCAGCAGUACAGCUACAUCGACGCUGUGUGUUACGAGAGCACCCUGCACUGGUUUGCCAAGUACUUUCCGUACCUGGUGCUGCUCCACACGCUCAUCUUUCUGGCCUGCAGCAACUUCUGGUUCAAGUUCCCGCGCACCAGUUCCAAACUGGAGCACUUUGUGUACAUCCUCUUAAAGUGCUUUGACUCCCCGUGGACCACCAGGUCUUUGUCUGAGACGGUCGUGGAGGAGAGAGACUCCAAACCGUUGGGGAAGAUGAACGGUGCCAUGGACCAGAAGACUUCGUCCGCCAGCAAGAUGAACGGUGCCAUGGACCAGAAGAGUUCGUCCACCAGCGAGGACGUUGAGGCCAGCGUGCCCAUGCUCCAACGGACAAAGUCCAAAAUAGAGCAAGGGAUUGUGGAUCGAUCGGAAGCGGGGGUUUUGGAUAAAAAGGAAGGAGAGCAGGCCAAGGCUCUUUUUGAGAAGGUGAAGAAGUUCAGAAUCCAUGUGGAGGAAGGAGACAUCAUUCACCGUCUUUACAUCCGUCAGACCAUCUUCAAAGUCAUCAUGUUCUUGGUGAUUAUUAGCUACGCCGGGUACUACGUCUUCUACAUCCGCUUCAACGUUAUGUGCACAGUGGAGACGAAGAAGCUGACGGGAUUCAGCACCUUCUAUUGCGCUCACCCGUUAGCGACGCUCUUCAAAAUCUUAGCCUCCUUCUACAUCUGCCUGGUGGUGGUGUACGGCGUCAUCUCCGUCUACACGCUGUGCUGGAUGCUGAGGCGCUCCCUCACUCGCUACUCCUUCGAGUCCAUCCGUGAGGACAGCCGGUACAGCGACAUCCCUGACCUGAAGAACGAUUUUGCUUUCAUGCUGCACAUGACGGACCAGUACGACCCGCUGUACUCCAAGCGCUUUGCCGUGUUCUUGUCGGAGGUGAGCGAGAACAAGCUGCGACAGCUCAACCUCAAUAACGAGUGGACGCUGGAGAAGCUGAGGCAGCACAUCUCCAAGAACCCGCAGGAGAAGCUGGAGUUGCACCUGUGCAUGCUGAGCGGCGUCCCCGAGACCGUUUUUGACCUGGUGGAGCUAGAGGGGCUCAAGCUGGAGUUCAUCCCCGACGUCACCAUCCCGCCCAUCAUCGCCAAGCUCUCCAACCUGCGAGAGUUGUGGCUCUACCACACGCCCGCCAAAAUUGAGUCCGCCGCCCUGACUUUCUUGAGGGAGAAGCUCAAGUCUCUCCACAUCAAAUUCACCGACAUCAAGGAAAUCCCACUGUGGAUCUACAGCCUCAAGAAUCUCAGCGAGCUUUACCUCACCGGCAACCUGAGCGCCGACAACAGCCGCCACAUCGUCCUUGACGGCCUGCGGGAGCUCAAACGUCUCAAAGUUCUCCGUCUGAAGAGCAACCUGUACAAGCUGCCGCAGGUGGUGACCGAUCUGAGCGCCCACCUCCUUAAGCUGUCCGUCAACAACGACGGCACCAAGUUAAUAGUGCUCAACAGCCUGAAGAAGAUGGUCAACCUGAGCGAGCUGGAGCUGGUGCGCUGCGACCUGGAGCACAUCCCACACUCCAUCUUCAGCCUGCACAACCUGCAGGAGAUCAACCUGAAGGACAACAACCUGAAGACCAUCGAGGAGAUCAUCAGCUUCCAGCACCUGCGCCGCCUGGUGUGCCUGAAGCUCUGGUACAACCAGAUCAUAUACAUCCCUUAUCAGAUCGGCACCCUGAACAACCUGGAGAGGCUGUAUCUCAACAGGAACAAGAUCAAGAAGCUACCCAGCGAGCUCUUCUCCUGCCUCAAGCUGCGCCUCUUGGACUUGAGCCACAACGACCUGACCAGCAUCCCGGACAACGUGGGCUUACUCCAUAACCUGCAGUACUUCGCCGUGACAGCAAACAGAAUAGAGACGCUGCCCAUGGAGCUGUUCGAGUGCAAGAAGCUGUGCACGCUCCUCCUGGGCAACAACUGCAUGGAGACUCUGCCGUCGCGCGUGGGCGAGCUAAGCGGACUGACCCAGCUGGAGCUGCGCGGCAACAACCUGGAUUGUCUCCCCGUGGAGCUGUCCAAGUGCCGGCUGCUGGAGAGGAGCGGCCUGGUGGUGGAGGACAAGCUCUUCAACACGCUGCCGCCCGAAGUCAAGGAGCAGCUGUUGGGCGUCGAAAAGGAGAGCGUGAAGAUUUCCCAGAUGAAUGAGCACUGACGCCGUCUGUGAAGGUAAGUGGAGGCCCGAAAGGAACAUCGGCGACAUUUUUUCAGAAGAUAAGACCCACUUUACCUUGAUGUGCCACCCGGGCUCUUUGCCAAGACCACUUUUUGGUGUGUUUUUGAUCAUUUUGUUGUUGUUUUUGCAUGCAACACCGCACUGCUGCCAUGUCAGUGGACUGAACGAUGGAUCUCCAAUGAUUCAUAAUGCUCCGCACGGAUAAAGUGAUCAAAAGUGAGAACUGGGAGACACGCUGCCACAGCUCUCCGUUCCACUUUUACACAGCAAAAAAGAACGAGAAGAGAGAAAAGGGAAACGACUGUAAGAUUAGUGAUUGCCUUUGCAGCCUUGAAUGAUUCACUCGCUUCAGGCUUAGCAUGCUGCUAACAUGGCCUUAACAUCUCUACUUAGUAUUAUUCGCUGCAGACUUUAUGUUGCGGAGGGCAGCGGUAUUGUCACCAGCUGUUUCUCUUGUUUACUAUUUUUAACGCUAAAUGUUUGCCAUGUAAGAGUGGUGUUUUUGUGCAAGUAGGGGUCAUUGAAAUGGAAGCACGCUUGUUAAGUGACUUGCAACAAGCAGUCAAUGUACAGAGGAACAAGAGUAAAAAUAAGUUUAACGCCGCAUAAAACUACAUUUAGUUUGUCCCUUAUGGCAUUUGAAUGUGGAGGUUUCACUCUUCUUCAUUUGUUUUUUUAGCUCAAAUGCCUCCACUCAAAGCGCUCCUGUGGUCACGUGACCACGAGUCACACUCUUCUUGCUGCUCCUCGGCCUUGGCGGAAACGCGUGAAGGUCUGAGAUGGGGUCGGCUUACGGCCGCUGAACAGGAAGCCAAUGACUAGUUAAACAGCCGAGUGUGCAAAUGUGCCAAAGCACCGCCUGUCACAUGACCCCUUAAACGCCACCAUUGCGUCGACUUUUACACGCUGCCCAUUCCUUUUACGCAAGGAAGCCAUACGUACGCUUAAAGAACAUGUUCUUUUAUGGAAUGUACACUAAUUUUAGCUUAUAGACGACUGAACGUCAUUAUGUCCUGAUUGCACUUUUGUACCGUCGUGGUAAUAAAACUGUACACAUUCCUUUCUUUUGCAAAGUCUUUUUAUUGCUGCUUACUGGGGCAAAUAUUCAUACUUUAACUAUUAAAAUGAGGUCUAUAAGAAUUCCUGCUAUAUUGUUGUAUCCACUUUACAAUUGUAUGUAAGGGUGUAACGGUACGUGUAUUUGUAUUGAACCGUUUCGGUACGGGGGUGUCGGUUCGGUUCGGAGAUGUACCGAACGGGUACACAUGCUAGCAGCGACCAGGCUAGGACAACAUGUACAAACCCCGUUUCCAUAUG